AUGCCUAUUUCCCGACAGAAGUCCUGCAUGCAUUGCCGCCGUGCUAAGGCGCGCUGUAAUCUGGCCAAUGUGUGUUCGCGCUGCAUAGACCGCGGACUGCAAUGUUCUUAUGCCCCGUUCUCAAAGACGGCGGUGCCUGUAUCCAGACCUGAAGAGCCAUUGCUGUUGUUAGACGAGAUACUUGACCAAGAUGUGGACAAUCAUAAUUCUCUUAGAGGGGACAAUGGCGACAUGUAUGCAUUCAACCUCACGGAAACUGCGGCAUCAGAACCUUCAGUGUUUAGAGUCGAUGGCCUUGGGUGGCCAACCCCAAGUUGGACCGGUUCAAAUCUUACUUGCUCUGUACCUGGCGGGACAGCUCCUAUUACGUUUAAUGAGGUACUAGAACAACCAAGUAGGCCCCAAAGUAGUCACCUCUUCCCGAGAGAAAGACACCAGUCAGAUCGUCAGGAUUUUGUUUCCGAGAACAAUAACGGCAUGGUGGUAAUCCUUGGCAACAAAUACCACGACCUCCUUUAUCCCCGCAACUCAAAAACCACUGACUCUCACCUCGCUUCUCGCUUCAUCCGGGGUCAAGUAAAGGCAUACCCCACGCUGCUCCUUCGCGGCCAACUUCCACCUUUUAUCUACCCGUCGUGCGUGCUCUAUGAUCAGCUUCCCCAGAACUGUGUUCAGAACGGUGUACACCAAUGUCUUACACCUCCACUGGCCGUGUGCACAUCAUUAGUCAGGAUCUGGGAGGCACGAACGCCAGCUACUGAAGACAUGGUGUGGAGGAGCAUCUAUGCAGAGGCGGAGCGUCUUGGGAGGGAGUAUCGACAGUUUAAUAGCGAUGAGCUACUAGGAGCUUUCCAGAGCAUGGCAAUCUACCUGUUGUUGCAAUCACAAGACCUCCAAAACAAACAACUGGACGACCUCCUUUCCCUAGGGGCGGUUAUCAUGGAAAUUGCUCGCUUUCUCUUUCAAUCGCAAUCAAGCUCGCAUUUGCGGAACCUCCUUGCCCUCCCGGAUCUCACACAGCGCGUAUGGACUUUCAACGAAAGCAUCCGCCGAACCAUGGCUCUUCUCUUCAUGCUCGACUCACUCGUUCGCGAAGGGUCAGACGAGUACCGUGACCCGAAGCGUUGUGGAGGCACCGAAAAUACCCCGCUGCCUGGGCCACGAGAUUUGUGGGACUAUCACAUCCGGGAAUCGUGGGCGUUUCGACUUGAACGGGUGAUAUCCAGCGGUGGCGGGUUAGAGCCACAGCUGAAGCUGGGGGAUCUGCGGAAAGCAGAUGAAGGGGACCAAGUUCUUGUAGAUAAGCUAGCGAGGUGGUGUGAGGGAACUGAUGAUUUUGGGGGGUUACUGCGGAUGAGCGCUUUGCUGGUUUGA